GUUCUUAGGCCAUUGGGUGGAAGGGAGACAGCAUGGCGUAGCCCUUGAGGAAGUUGAGGUGUCAUGGCGGCCAUCGGCGUCCACCUGGGGAGCACCUGCGCCUGCGUCGCCGUUUAUAAGGAUGGUCGUGCAGAUGUUGUUGCCAACGAUGCAGGUGACAGAGUUACUCCUGCUGUGGUUGCGUAUUCAGAAAAUGAAGAGGUUGUUGGGUUGGCAGCUAAACAAAACAGAGUAAGAAAUCUUUCGAACACUGUAGUGAAAGUGAAGCAAAUUCUUGGGAGAAGCCCUGGUGAGUUGCAAGCUCAGAAGUACAUUGCGGAAAGUAAAUGUUCGGUCAUUGAAAAGACUGGUAAACUUCAUUAUGAAAUAGAUGGCAAACUUGUUUCUCCUGAGGAAGUUGCAAAACUGAUCUUCAGGAAAAUGAAAGAAACAGCUCAGUCUGCUUUGGGUGCUGAUGUCAAUGACACAGUUAUUACGGUGCCUUUUGAUUUUGGAGAGAAACAGAAGAAUGUUCUUGGAGAAGCUGCUGUGUCAGCUGGGCUGAAUGUUCUAAGGCUAAUCCAUGAACCAUCUGCCGCUCUUUUGGCAUAUGGAAUUGGGCAAGACUCACCCAAUGGAAAAAGCAACGUGUUAGUUUACAAACUUGGAGGAGCAUCCCUCUCUAUCACUGUUAUAGAAGUCAACAGUGGACUGUACCACGUUCUCUCUACUAACACAGAUGAUAGCAUAGGUGGAAUCUGUUUCACGGAAGCCGUAGCCCAGCAUCUGGCUUCCGAAUUUCAAAGGUCUUAUAAGUAUGAUGUGAGAGGGAACUCGAGGGCCAUGAUGAAGCUGAUGAACAGUGCUGAAGUGGCAAAGCAUGCGCUGUCAACGCUGGGAAGUGCAAACUGCUUUGUUGACUCUCUCUAUGAUGGAAUAGAUUUUGACUGUAAUGUUUCCAGGGCCAGAUUUGAACUGAUUUGUUCUGCACUCUUUAACAAAUGCAUAGACGCCAUAAAAAAACUCUUGGACCAAGUUGGGCUGGCAGCAGAUGAUAUCAGUAAGAUCGUUCUCUGUGGUGGAUCUGCUCGUAUUCCCAAAUUACAACAGUUGAUCAAAGACCUAUUCCCCACAGUUGAACUGCUGAAUUCUAUACCACCAGAUGAAGUCAUUCCCAUUGGGGCUGCCAUAGAAGCUGGGAUCUUGUUAGGAAGAGAGAAUCUCUUCUUAGACAGUGAGACACUGUCUGUUGAAUGUUCUACCAAAGAUAUCUUGGUCAAGACAGUUGAUGAGUCAGGUACUGAUAAAUUUGUGGUGGCAUUGCCGUCAGGAACUCCUUUGCCAGCUCGAAGGCAACAUAUUUUACAAGCUCCAGGAAACAACUCCUCCAUUUUUGUAGAAUUUUACGAAUCUUUGGAAAAAAGUCCCAUAAAAGAGGAUGACAAAUUUGCACAGAUUGUACUCCAGGAUUUAGAUGUGAAAGAAGGCUUGCAUGACAUACUAACUGUGCUUACAAUGAAAAGGGAUGGAUCCUUACAUGUUACCUGCACAGAUCAACAUACUGGAAAAUGUGAAGGUAUCACAAUGGAUGUGGCAACAUAAUCUAUUUGAAUUUUUUUUUGUUACCCGCAAUUGAAACUGUUCUAAAAGACCUUUGAUUGAAAGCUGUCAUUUACAAUACUAAAAAGGACUGACAAACAAUAUCUAGACAAUGGGAAGAUCAAAUAAUUGUCUUCUGAAGAAGCAACUGAUUGCAGAUGAGUAUUCAGUACCAGGAACCAGAAAGACAAUUCAGAUAUGAGCCUCAUGUGGCUACUUUUGAACAUAAAUCAACUUCAUAGAGUUUGCAAAACCAAGAGUAGGACAUCCUUAAGGCACAUUUUGCUAUUUCUGGUACUGUCAAAAUGGAUUUAUUUCAUUAGCAACAUGCAUCAACACUUGUAUAAGGGAGUAUUAAUAAAAUACUUGAAUUUUUUA